GUAUUUGACACAUCUGCGCCGCUGCAUGACCCGAGGCAGCAUUUGGGUGUAGAAAGAUGGUCGAACAGUCCUCUGUGAUUGGCUGGGAGGCGACGCGAUCCAGUUUUCUUCUUUUAGAUAAACGGCCCAGACGCUUCCGUAUUUCCGUCAUCCUCUUGCACCGAAACAGAAACGAGGUGGCCAGCAACUGAACUUCAGGAUGAACACCUCCCUGACACGCUGGAAGGAAGCGGCCACCGUGAUUUUAGCGGCGGGACACCGGCUCAGGUCCUCCUUCGACUAUGACGUGUUGCUGCUCAAACGGAGCAGCAAAAGCGGCUUCUUGCCCAAUGCGUACGUCUUUCCCGGCGGUCUGCUGGACUCCUCGGACUUCUCCAACGAAUGGCUGGACGUAUUCAGUUCAUUCACCAACUUUCCUCAUUUCGGUUUGGGUCGUGUCAAACAACCAGUGGAGACUCGACCUCCGGUCUUCGCCACGGACAGGCUCAAACUGGGCUCACGUGUACCGGGAGAGGUGGCCUUCCGGAUCUGCGCCUUGCGGGAGACGUUCGAGGAGUCCGGCGUGCUCCUGGUGGUGUCCAAAGCGGAGGAGACCAGCUUGUUGCAGAGCAUGAAGGAGGGCUGCGUCAGUGAUCACGUGGCCCGGGCGCGCCUGUGCGGCAGCAGCGAACUAACCAAGUGGAAGGCUCUGGUCAACGAAAACCCCUUCAAUUUUCUCCGAAUGUGCAGAGAGCUGCAGCUGCUGCCGAACAUCUGGGCCUUACAUGAGUGGAGCAACUGGUUGACUCCCUCCUCGAGGUCGGGCAGGAGGUUCGACACAGCUUUCUUCAUGUGCUGCCUGCGGGAGAUCCCCUACACCAGCCAGGAUGAGAAGGAGAUCGUCCACAUUAAGUGGGCCACACCCUCAGAGAUCCUGCACAGGUUCCGGGCACAGGAGCUUUGGAUUGCUCCUCCGCAGUUCUAUGAGUUGAGCCGCUUGUGUCAUUUCCCUUUGUUGAAAGAUCUCCACAGCUUCUCCGGGCAGCGCGCCACAGAGGGUUGCGAGCGAUGGCAUCCUGUCAUCGUCAAGGAUACCCAUGUGUUUUCCCUGUUGCCAGGAGACAAACAUUAUCCACAGGGUGGCUCAGAAGAGACUGUAGCGGAUAGAGGCGUACGCCAUGCAGAGGACCAUCAUGGGGAGGAUAGUUCACUGCAUCGGAUCAUGAUUUUAGAUUCAUAUACAUUAACUGUUCAGGUUACCAUCACGCCCAAAUACAAACACUUGCUGCCUGUCGCUGAGCCGAUGUUCCCAAUGAACGGUCAGCUUUGAGACAUCCUCCAAAAUGUUGACGUUCUACACCGCCAGGCAUGUAUAAAGAAAGAUGUGUCUGAUGGCACAGGUUUAACAGCUGCCUUACAA